AUGGAGGCUUUCCAUAUUUUAUCUCGAGGAGGAGCAAGGUUUGACAAGCAGAGAUUCAAGGGAGAUGUCGACCUCUUCAACGGCAAAAAAGGCAAACAAGCGAACUCCUUGACAUCCAUCCGCACGGUCGACGGAGAACUUCCUCCCGAGCUAGAUUUCUUCAAGUACGCGGAGGGCGGCUCUUCGAAACGCAAAGCUGGAACCGGAAACGCCGUCACGGAUUCGAAGCGGAAGAAACGCAAACUCGACGAGGGCGACAACAGUGAAAUCGAGGAUAGCGAGGGGGCUCAGGAGGACGAAGAAGAUGCGACGGAGGACGCGCCCAUGCCUCGGCAUCGCGUAACAGCGAAGGGGAAGGACAUUCCUGCGCAUGCAGAGACGUUCGAGGAGAUGCGAGACAAGUACAACAUCCCCUCGCACUUCAUGCAGAACCUCGCGCGGCACGGCUACAAGCGACCGACCGGUAUUCAGUCGCAUGGGGUCCCUAUACUACUAGAGCAUCGGGAUCUUGCUGCCAUUUCGCCCACUGGUACCGGGAAAACGUUAUCCUACCUCCUUCCCGUGAUGUCUGCUCUCGGUGCUCCCGCGAGUUCCAAGACCGACGCAGGUUCGGGCGUCCGUGCCGUAAUCCUCGCGCCAACCCGGGAACUGGCGCACCAGAUCCACAACGAGUGUUUGAAGAUUGCGCAAGGACGGAAAUGGCGGAUCGUUCUGUUCAGCAAGGCGACUGCAGCGAGCCUUGCUGAUAAGAAUGCUCGGGACAAGACCGACAUCGUCAUUAGCACACCCCUUCGACUGGUAGCGUCGCUACAAGCAGGGAACCUCGAGCUCGAUAAUGUCAGACAUCUUGUGCUUGAUGAGGCGGACCGCAUGCUCGACACAGAAUUCCUUGAGCAAGUGCAAGAAGUUGUCGCGGCGUGUACACAUCCCGACGUUCAGAAAGCGGUAUUCAGUGCAACCCUUCCUGCAAACGCGGAAAAGAUCGCUAUGAACAUGCUCCAAAACCCCAUCCGCGUCGUCGUCGGCUUGAAGGAUACUCCUCUCCCGCUGAUCGCCCAAUCCCUCACCUACGUCUCCGACGACCAGUCCAAGCUACCUACCCUUCUGCAGUAUCUGUCUCAGCCCUACAACCCUCCCCUCCUCAUCUUCGUGUCGACGCAACCCCGGGCAACGUCACUGGCGGAAGAGCUCGUCAUCAGUGGCACCCCCAACGUGGACUGUUUGCACGCCGGCAUGACUAAGAAGGAACGAGAAGACGCCGUGUCUCGGAUGCGCCGAGGAGAAAGCUGGGUGAUGGUCAGCACCGAGGUCAUGGCACGUGGUAUGGACUUCAAGGGCGUCCGCGAAGUCAUCAACUACGACUUCCCUCGAAGUGUUCAGAGCUACGUGCACAGGAUCGGCAAGGCCAUCACGUACUUCACGAACCAAGACGCGCCCUUCCUCAAGACGAUCGCGAACGUGCUUCUGCAAUCUGGAUCGCAGGUGCCAGAGUGGAUCCUGAAGCUCCCGAAGCCGUCGAAGAUGAAGCGGCGGGAGAUGGGGAAGGUGAAGCGCGCAGAGUCGGUGAACAAUGCACGACGGAUUGGCCGCGGGGAUGCCAUCAAGCGGAGGGAAAUGAUCGCGGGAUCAAAGCGCAGGGCUGAACGGGCACAAAGCAGGACGAAGGCGCCCGCAACCACUUCUGACGCUGAGCCUGAAGGUGUGGAGAGCAGUUGA